CACUUCAAAACCCUAGGGUUUCUUUUCUUACUUCCCGCAAACAAAGCUCUUGGCUUCCACACACACACACUCACACACACCAGCUCUGUAGUUGCCUCUUACUCGCAGAUCUGUGAAGAUGUACACGUCGAAGCAAAAGAUUCACAAAGAUAAAGAUGCUGAACCUACUGAGUUUGAGGAGUCUGUUGCACAGGCUUUGUUUGAUUUGGAAAACACCAACCAAGAGCUGAAAAGUGAAUUGAAGGACCUAUACAUCAAUUCAGCAGCUCAAAUUGAUGUGUCAGGAAACAGGAAAGCUGUUGUUAUCCAUGUGCCCUAUAGACUGAGGAAAGCUUUCCGCAAGGUUCAUGUUCGCCUUGUUAGGGAGUUGGAGAAGAAAUUCAGUGGCAAGGAUGUAAUUUUUAUCGCCACCCGGAGGAUAGCUAGACCUCCCAAGAGAGGUUCAGCUGCUCAACGACCACGCAGCAGAACUCUUACUUCUGUCCAUGACGCCAUAUUGGAGGACUUGGUUGUUCCUGCUGAGAUUGUUGGGAAGCGUACUAGGUAUCGCAUUGAUGGCUCCAAGAUAAUGAAGGUGUACUUGGACCCAAAGGAACGAAACAACACAGAGUACAAGUUGGAGACCUUUUCAGCAGUUUACAGAAAGCUUUCAGGCAAAGAUGUUGUGUUUGAGUACCCCAUCACUGAGGCUUAAGGAAACAAAAUGCUUGUCCUCGUCUAUUUGAUGUGAAACUACAGUUUAGUGGUUCCUUCUUUGAAAUUUUGGCAAUUUCAUUUUGUUUAGAAUGCAGAGAACCUUGUGAAAUUUCUAUUGAUUUUCACUUAAAACCGUAUUGCUAUGCCAUAGAUUUCUGGCUUAUUUGAACUUGGUUUCAUUUGCUCUCCAA